CCGCCGAGUUCAAGAACGACCCCCGCAACCCCAACGCCAAGGCCACCAAGCACUAGACGUUUUGUUAUCUUUCUGGAGAGACAAAGCUGAUAUGGCGGACGUCAUCAAGGGUUGAUUUGAGCGCGGGCAUGAUUCCGUUAUUGGUGUCGAGUUUGCAUGCCACUUUUUUCACGCCCUGUACAAGCAUAUAGAAGAGAUACCGUCAUAGGACAUAUUGGUGAAUUGACAAGUUGUUGUAUCAAUAUCAGUAUGUUUUCUUUCAAGCUUGGGCUUUUGAAUUUGGAGUGCGCCGGGUGCGAGCUCAAGUGUGCUUUGCGAGGGCUUCGUCGUUGUCUGCCCAAGGUGCUAGCCAGGGCCAGUGAGGGAGCAUGCCACGGGUCUAUCGUGGUUUCUGGUCUCGAAUUCAAUACUCGGCUGGGCAUUGUCCGCACAUCGUACACGCAAUACGUAGUUCGUGAGUAGAGGUGUGUCGACAGGCCUU